GCCCCGCUCGCCGAUACUCGGCACCAACUUUCCCUUCAAACGCAAGACUCGGGGGCAGACUCUGACUCUGCCUCUUGAUUCUAGUCUCCGUCCCCUUCCCUCUCUCCUCCCCCAUAUCGCCGUCCACCUCCUCUCCUCCCUGAGCAUCCCGGCCCAUUCGCAACCACUGGCCACCGCUCCGUCGCCAAUCGAGUCUCUCAAUUACAUCGCACUCCCGCCAAAAAUGUCCAACGGCGUCGCCGCGAACGGCGCCUCUGACGAGACGCACACCGCGUCGCAACGCUACCUCAGCACGCGGGGCAAUGAUAGCGGUCUCUCCUUCGAGGAAGUCGUGCUCAAGGGUCUCGCCUCCGAUGGCGGUCUGUACAUCCCCGAGGAAGUUCCCAUCGCGUCGCAAUGGGAGUCCUGGAAGGACCUUUCCUUUGUCGACCUUGCCUUCAACGUCCUGUCGCUCUACAUCUCUCCCUCCGAACUCCCUGCCGAGGACCUCAAGGACAUCAUCCGCCGCAGUUAUUCGACCUUUCGCUCCGACGACGUUACCCCACUGAUCCAUCUCCAAGGCAACAUACAUUUGCUGGAACUCUUCCACGGGCCAACCUUUGCCUUCAAGGACGUGGCUCUGCAGUUCCUCGGCAACCUGUUCGAAUACUUCCUGGUGCGCCGGAACGAGGGAAAGACGGGCCGCGACAGGUAUCACCUCACCGUUGUGGGCGCCACGAGCGGUGACACGGGUUCCGCCGCCAUCUAUGGCUUGCGGGGGAAGAAGGACGUCUCGGUUUUCAUGCUCCACCCCAAGGGCCGCGUGAGCCCGAUCCAGGAGCUCCAGAUGACCACUGUCUUGGACGCCAACGUCCACAACCUGGCCGUUACCGGCAACUUUGACAACUGUCAGGACAUUGUCAAAGCGCUCUUUGCCGACCCCGACAUCAACUCGACCCACAAGCUCGGCGCCGUUAACUCGAUCAACUGGGCCCGCAUCCUCGCCCAGACCGUCUACUACUUCUACUCGUACUUCUCCCUCGCCCGCCAACAACCGGAUUCCUUCAAGGUCGGCGACAAGGUCCGUUUCUCGGUCCCCUCGGGCAACUUUGGCGACAUCCUGGCCGGCUACUUCGCCUACCGCAUGGGCCUGCCCGUUGACAAGCUCGUCAUCGCGACCAACGAGAACGACAUUCUCGACCGGUUCUGGAAGACGGGCAGGUACGAGAAGAAGCCCGCCUAUGGCUCGGCCGCCAAGGGCGGCAUCGAGUCGGACGGCGUCCAGGCCCACGAGGACGGCGUCAAGGAGACCCUCUCGCCCGCCAUGGACAUCCUCGUCUCCUCCAACUUUGAGCGCCUCCUCUGGUACCUCGCCUACGAGUUCGCCGCGAGCGCCGGCAUGGACGACGAGUGGAACAAGAAACAGGCCGGCCAGGAGGUUUCGGCCUGGCUAUCGAGCCUCAAGACCAAGGGCGGCUUCGGGCCCGUCUACAAGGACGUGCUCGAGUCGGCCCGCCGCACCUUCGAGAGCGAGCGGGUCAGCGACCCGGAGACCCUCGACACCAUCCGCAGCGUGUAUAGGGAGGUUGGCUACGUGCUGGACCCCCACACGGCCGUCGGCGUCGAGGCCGCUCGCCGCUCCGCCGCCCGCCUCAACGGCGCCAACACGCCCAUCAUCUCGCUGUCGACCGCCCACCCGGCCAAGUUUGCCGGCGCCGUCACGCUCGCCCUCAAGGACGAGCCGGGCUUCGAGUUUGACUCCAAGGUGCUGCCCCCAGAGUUUGUCGGCCUGGACAAGAAGGAGAAGAGGGUUAGGGAGGUAGCGAAUGACUGGAAGGCCGUGCGAGACCUUGUCAAGGAGGAGGUCGAGGAAGAGCUGAAGGGUCAGAGGUGAUGUUAGAGAGAGAUAUAGAGAGAGAUAUAGAGACAGAGAGAGAGAGAGAGAGAGAGAGAAAGUGAGGAAGGAAUGGAAAAGGGAGAGAGACACUCCUCACUAGCAGAGUUGGAGAAGGUAAUGUGUAUAUAUGAAUGGGCGAACUGGGUGGGGAAC